CGCAUGCGCAUUAAGCCUGCAGGAGACAACGUGCGCGGUAGGAGAGGAAAUCGUUCGUUUGUGUGGCGAUCUUAGCUCGUAGACAUGCCUCCUAAAUUCGAUCCGAACGAGAUAAAGAUUGUUUAUCUGCGUGCUGUCGGCGCUACGGUCGGUGCAACGUCGACUCUUGCUCCCAAAAUCGGUCCACUCGGUCUCUCGCCUAAGAAAGUUGGGGAUGACAUUGCAAAGGCUACACAAGAUUGGAAAGGUCUGAAGAUAACAGUGAAGUUGACUAUUCAGAACAGACAGGCUAAAAUCGACGUCGUGCCGACUGCGGCUUCUCUCAUCAUCAGAGAGUUGAAGGAGCCACCGAGGGAUAGAAAGAAGGAAAAGAAUAUUAAACACAACGGUAACAUUACAAUGGAACAAGUGAUCCAGAUAGCAAGAAUAAUGCGACCUCGUUCAAUGGCACGACAUUUCUCCGGAACAGUGAAAGAGAUCCUCGGCACAGCACAGUCAGUCGGCUGCACGAUAGACGGCUCGGCGCCUCACGACAAAAUCGAUGCAAUAAACAACGAAGAAAUCGAUGUACCAGACGAGUAGCAAGAAGUGACUUUCGUAUAGGUGUACAUCAUGUUGCUUACAAUAUAAUCGAAUUAUAACAAUGUGUGUAAAUGA